CACACGCCGAGGGGAACCGAACGAGGCCUCGUACGCGGACUAAAUUUAGACGGCCCCGCCAGAGUGGAGUUGGACGCGGACCCGCCAGUCAGUGACGUUACCGGGAUCCCUUCUGUACGCACCGUGUAGCAGUUGCGCGCUCCUGCAAAAGUCGAGAAAAACAAUAACACCCGAGCACGCACACCACUACCGUUUAUCUCUCACUCUCAUACACACACACACACACACACACACCAACACACACGUCGCGCGUUCGCGAAAAUGUUUGGGUGCUAGUUUGUUCAUUGUUUUUCUUUUGUUUUUUUUUUCUUUUAGUUUUUGUUUUUAUUAAUUUUUAUUUUAUAAUAUAUAUAUAUAUAUAUAUAUAAAUCUGUUACGUCCGGAUUGCUUCCUCGCCGAUAAUAAUAGUAUUAUUAUCCGAUUCGUUUUAUCUCGCAUAACAUAAUCGUUCACGUUCCGACCGUUCACGUUUGAUUGCUUUUGCUCGUAUCUCAUAUAUAACACACAAGCGUCAUGUUGAUGUCCGGUGCUAUGACCAAUCCGGACACCAGUCUGUUGGGCACGGCCGAGGGUCUGGUCGGCAGCCUGGCCAGCCUGACCGCGGUGCCCGGCACCGGCGGCGGCGGCGGCGGUGGCGGCCAGCAGAAGGACACCACGUGGACCAAACUAUUCGUCGGCGGUCUGCCGUAUCACACCACCGACAAGUCGCUCAGGGACCACUUCGCCGUGUACGGCGACAUCGAGGAGGCCGUGGUUAUUACGGACCGGCAGUCCGGCAAGAGCCGGGGCUACGGAUUUGUGAUCAUGGGCGACAGACCUGCGGCCGAGAGGGCGUGCAAAGAACCGAACCCGAUCAUCGACGGACGGAAAGCCAACGUGAACUUGGCUAUACUGGGAGCAAAACCUCGCGGAAAUUUACAGCCAGCAUUCGCUUUUCCUAGUAUAAGAGCUGGAUACUCUGCUGUGAUACCAAGCCAAUUUGGGGUGCAGCCGAGCUACCUGUACCAGGCCGGCCAGGCGGCCAGCGCGGCGUACCUAGGAGGCGGCGGCGUCAUGCCGCUGGCUCCCACGCACGCCGCGGCGAUGGCCGCGGCCACGUCGCAGUUCUACGAGUAUCAGAACGCCGCCGCGGCCGCGGCCGCCGCAGCGGCCCUG